UCGGCAGACUUGCUGGAUUUUCCCUUUAUCGUCACAUUAAACACACAUGCACGCACACACACACACACACACACGCGCGAGCGCGCGCGCGCACAGACACGCGCGUAUUUCCUGGCUCCUCAGACUCGAGCGCGGAAACGAGUGUGCGAAUCGCGCUCUGCUCUGGGGUGAAGUUGUUGAGCGAUCACUUGAGAAGCGGCCUUUAAGUGACUAGUUUGGAUGUGACGAGAAAAAGGUGUGUAUUUCACAUUGGGGAGGACACACGCAUGUUUGCAAGAUGUCAGACUCCUCCGACUGCUAUUCUUUGAACAUUAACCUGCUUCGAGAGCCUGUUCUGAAAAGGCUCUGUGAACUUCUGGACAAAACUAACAGCAAAGGGUGGCGGAAGCUGGGAGAGGUGGUCAGUAAUGACCGACGUUUCAGAGUGAGCUCAGAUGAGAUGGAACGGUGCUCCCUGAAAGUGCUUGAGUUGGAUGGCAGCCCUACCCGCAGCUUGCUGAGGCUCAUGGGAGAGCGUGGCUGUGUGUUGAAGGACUUGGUGGACUUUCUGCAAGCCAUGGGUCACAGCGAGGCUCUUCAGUGCAUAAAAAUAGCAGAAAUUAAGAUCGUCAUCCAACCCCAGUCUGUGGCCGCUGUAUCUGGGCAAACUGUUCGACUCUACUGUCAGGCUGUGGGUAGUCCUGGUGUUCAGUACCAGUGGUUCAAAUCCAAGGAAGAGAUGCCAAAUGGUACUUUUCCUGAACUGGUAUUCAGCCCAGUCCAAGUAAGGGAUGCAGGAUUCUACAUCUGCAGAGUGAAUUGUGGCAGUAUGUUUGAGUUCAGCAGCUGGGCCCAACUAGAGAUUCUGGAUGUUGCAGGAACAUGUGGUGCGACAUGUCAGUCCUUGGACAGUCGGGUAAAAGUUGUGCUGCAGCCCAGGAACCAGAGGCUACAUGAAGGAGCUGUACUGGAAUUAGAGUGUGGAGCAGUAGGGAAGCCCAUUCCCCAAUACCAGUGGUACAGGAAUGGGGUCCCCCUUCAGAAUGCUUGUAAGAGGAAGUACAUGGUUCAUAUGGUUACCCGGGAACACGAGGGGAAGUACCGCUGUAUGGUAUCCUGCAAGGAUGAGUGGACAUGGUCACGGGAAGUAGACGUCAUUAUAGACAGUUAUGUAUCCAUCUGGCAUCAAGGUCCAGAAAAGCCCUACGCAACGGACAAAGUGGCGCUCCUGAUUGGGAACCUGUCGUACCAGAAUCACCCGCAGCUGCGGGCGCCCAUGGUGGACGUGUACGACCUCACUAACCUUUUGCGCCAGCUCAACUUCAAGGUGGUGUCACUGUUGGACCUCACCGAGUCAGAAAUGCGCAAUGCUGUGGACGAGUUCUUGUUGCUCCUGCACAAGGGCGUUUACGGCCUUCUCUACUAUGCUGGGCAUGGCUACGAGAACUAUGGCAACAGUUUCAUGGUCCCUGUGGAUGCGCCUAACCCCUACCGCUCUGCCAACUGCCUGUGCGUGCAGAGCAUCCUGAAGCUGAUGCAGGAAAAGGAGACGGGCCUCAAUGUGUUCCUGCUGGACAUGUGCAGGAAGAGGAAUGUUCAUGAUGACACUACCCCCAAUGUGGUGUUGAAAGUUACAGCUAACAUAGUCUUUGGAUAUGCAACUUGCCCGGAUGCAGAGGCGUUCGAGCUUAACUCAAGCGGAUUCACCAAUGGUGUUUUCAUCAAGUUCCUGAAGAAGCGUCUCCUAGAGGAUGAGAAGAUCACCGUGCUGUUGGACCGAGUGGCAGAGGAUAUGGGCCAGUUUGACCCUACCAAAGGCAAGCAGGCUCUAGAGAUUCGGAGCAGCCUAUCAGAGAGACGGGCCCUGACAGACCCUGUCCUGCCCAGUGGCUGCUGGGAUGAGGCCCAGGCUCGCAACCUGCAGUGGGCCAAGGCACACGAGUUGCCUGAGAGCAUGUGCCUAAAUUUCGAGGGCGGGGUACAGAUCAAGUUGGGCUUUGCUGCGGAGUUCUCCAACGUACUGGUCAUCUAUACCAGUAUUGUGAGGAAGCCGGUUGACAUAUCCUCCUGCCAGGCCUAUGUCACAAACUUCACACCGGAGCUCGACGUGGAUCCUAAGGAGAUGAACAGAGUGACCCCUGAGGAGACAGGGAGCUACCUGCUGUCUAAGAACCUGCCGCAGCACUGCCUGUACACACGCCUCAGCUCGCUGCAGAAACUCCGGGAGCAGUUGGUCUUCACAGUGUGUCUGCAGUGCACGUAUGCUGCAAUGGAGGAGCCAGUGGACUGGACCAUGGAGGUGAACAUUGGGAAACCGCUGAUCGCCAGGCUGGACCUGCACCGACCCCCAAGGCGGAGCAGCUGCCUGCAGACAUGCCUAAUGCCCCACAGCCCAUCACACAGUCCCUGCCACAGUCCCGGAGCUGAGCAGAUCCAGCAGUAUCCCUGCUGCUUUCCCUCACAGCUGUCUGGCACCUACCUGGGAGUGGAGUCAUGCGAACUCCCCCAUGGUUCCCACUCCACCUUCUACGGGGGCUCCCCACACUCUGACUCCGCCUUGUACCACCGCUACAGGGAGGCUGAUGCCGAUGAGGGCCCACCUUUUUUGGCAUCUCUCACCAGAGUCAACAUUCCUAUUGAGGCCUCAGAUGACAUCGAAGAGCUGCAGUCCAGCUUCAUUCACUGUCUGCAGGUGCACAACCGGCACUGACGCACGGGGCACCACUCAUCCUCCUUUAGCAUUUUAUCUACCUGUUUUAAACUGCUGCAGAA